CCAUUUUUGAAAAUACUGGCAGCAAUGAAUUUUAAUCCUAGCGUCGCAUUCCUUUAACUAAGGUUAGGCCCCAACAAAAUCGAAAUUGCCGAAAGUAUACGGUUAUUAACGAACUUAAGAUAAAACUAAAUUGUUAGUUCGCCAGGAGCAUCGUUUUGUUUCUCACUGUGCGCGGGCUUUUCCUCAGUAAAUAAUUUUUUUUGGAUCUGCUGCUGGAAAAAGAUGUCCCUUGAUGAUCCCAGUUCAGUGGCCGUGGCUCUGCGCGUGCGUCCCUUAGUCCAAUCCGAGUUGGAUCGGGGCUGCCGGAUCGCCGUAGAACGUUCGGAGGAUGGAUCACCACAGGUCACGGUCAACCGGACUGAAUCGUACACAUACAAUCAUGUGUUCGACAUUGGCGACUCUCAGAAGGACCUAUUCGAGACCUGCGUCAAAUCAAAGUUGAAGAGGCUUCUCGCUGGCUACAACGUCACGAUCCUCGCCUAUGGACAAACGGGUUCUGGCAAGACCUACACAAUGGGCACGGCCUUUAAUGGCGUUCUGGACGAUCAUGUCGGUGUCAUACCGCGCGCCGUUCAUGAUAUUUUUCAGGCCAUCGAAGAAAUGCGCGAGGAAUUCCGCUUUUCGGUCACCUGCUCCUUUGUGGAGCUCUAUCAGGAGCAGUUCUACGACCUCUUUUCGUCACAAAAACGCGACAAGGCCACCGUGGACAUAAGAGAGGUGAAAAACCGGGUGGUAAUGCCGGGUCUCACCGAGCUGGAGGUGAAGUCCGCCCAGGAGGUGACCGAUCAUCUGAUGCGCGGCUCGGCUGGACGGGCUGUUGCCGCCACGGCCAUGAACGAGAGCUCCUCGAGGUCGCAUGCAAUAUUUACAGUGACCCUGGUGGCCAACAAGCUCGAUGGAAAGCAAUCGGUCACCACUUCUAGGUUCAAUCUAGUGGAUCUGGCUGGUUCGGAACGCUGCUCAAAGACCCUGGCAAGUGGGGACCGUUUCAAGGAGGGUGUCAAUAUCAACAAGGGUCUUUUGGCUUUGGGCAAUGUGAUCAAUGCAUUGGGCUCUGGCCAAGCUGCAGGCUAUAUACCUUAUCGCCAGUCUAAGUUGACUCGUCUGCUGCAAGACUCUCUAGGCGGCAACUCCAUCACAUUGAUGAUUGCCUGCGUCAGUCCAGCUGACUACAAUGUGGCAGAAACACUGAGCACCCUUCGCUAUGCGGAUCGUGCCCUGCAAAUCAAAAACAAGCCAGUCGUCAAUCUCGAUCCCCAUGCAGCGGAGGUCAAUAUGCUAAAGGACAUCAUCCAGAAGCUGCGUGUUGAGCUUUUGGCCGGUGGCAAGAUGACCAACUCAAUAUCCAGCGCAUUUGGAGCGGCGGGCUUGGGUGCCAUUCCUAACGAGGAGUCCCUGGCCGGUUCCAUGGCCAGUGUUGAGGAGAAUAAGCGUCUCAAGGAGCAAGUGCGGAUCCUGCUGGAAAAAAAUAGGAAACUGCAGCAAGAGCUCCACCAUUCACUGGCCGAUCUGACCGAGAAGGAGAUGCGUGCUCACAUCGCCGAGCAGGCUCACGAUAAACUUCGCACCCAUGUGAUGCAACUAAAAAACAAAGUUGAACCACAGCAAAAGUCGGGAGAUGGAGACGAUGGUGACCAACAACUGCGCGAAAUCUCAGAACUGGUUCAACUAGUGGACGAUGAAUUGCAGCGCACCCAGGCGGAGCUGGAAACCCAGGGCCAGGAGACACGCCAGCAGCUCAGUGAUCGCUCCCACUCCGAAAGGGAGGAGAACAGCGGCUCAAGUGGCAGCGAUGAGCACGAAAUGCUUCAGUCCAACUCGGAGGAGUUCACCAACAAGCAACUAAAUUUCGCUGGUGAGUUGCGCAAUAUUAAUCGCCAGCUGGAUCUCAAGCAGGAGCUCCACGAGCGAAUUAUUCGCAACUUUAGCAAGCUGGACGAGGAAGACGGGGACGCCAAGUUGCGCCAAUGUAACCAAAAGAUCGACGAUCUGGAGGCAGAGCGACGUGACCUAAUGGACCAGCUACGCAACAUAAAGAACAAGGAUACCUCAGCGAAAAUUGCCGAGGAGCGACGCAAGCGCCUGCAGCUUCUGGAGCAGGAGAUUUCCGAACUGCGUCGCAAGCUCAUCACCCAGGCUAACAUGCUGAAAAUGCGAGAAAAGGAGCGUGAGAAGAUUCAAAAUCUCAGCAGUGAAAUUCGCUCCAUGAAGGAGUCCAAGGUGAAGCUAAUACGGGCGAUGCGUGGCGAGUCAGAGAAGUUCCGCCAAUGGAAGAUGCAACGUGAAAAGGAGCUAACCCAGCUGAAGAGCAAGGACCGCAAGAUGCAGUCGGAAAUUGUGCGCCAACAGGCGCUGCACCUAAAGCAGCGUCAGGUGAUGAAGCGCAAAUGUGAAGAGGCCUUGGCGACCAAUAAGCGACUGAAGGAUGCACUCGACCGGCAGGCGUUGGCUCAGGCUCAGCGUCACAAGUAUGCCAAGGAUCACGGAGGCUCCGCCGCAGGCUCUUCCCAUUCGCACCCGAAGACAGACUGCUGGGUGGAUAGCGAAUUGGAGAUCAUACUUUCGCUAAUCGAUGCCGAACAUAGCCUGGAGCAACUGAUGGACGACCGGGCAGUUAUCAACAACCACUAUCAUCAGUUGCAGCAGGAGAAGACUAACGAUCCCGUCGAAGCCAAGGAGAAGGCCUGUCUGCUAACCAACUUCGAGGAGGAGCUUGAAAUGCGCAAUGCCCAGAUCGCUGAUCUUCAGCAGAAGGUCUGUCCCACUGAUCUGGAUAGUCGCAUUCGCUCCUUGGCCGAGGGUGUCCAAAGCAUUGGCGAAUCGCGGGCUGUUAGUAAGCAGCUUCUGAAGACCUUGGUGCAGCAAAGACGCCAACAGGCGGCCAGCCUAAAUGAACAGCGCACGAUGCUGGAUGAGCUGCGUACGCAGCUCAUGGAUGCCCAACAGCAACAGGAGGCAAUCAACAAACGUCUCCGUUUGGCCCAAACCGAGCAUGAGGAGCAAAUGCUGGCUCAGCAGCGGGCCUAUGAGGAGAAGGUGGCGGUUUUGAUCAGGACAGCCAGCCAGAGGGCAGCUGAAACGCAGCCCCCAACGGCAGCGGAGCAUCAGCGCCAGCAGAUUCUGGAGGAGCUUCUCAGCAGCAAGGAGGCAUUGCAAAUGGAGCUGGACAAACUUAAAGCUAAAUCCAAGUCCAAAGAGAAGGCGGAGAAAGCUGAGCUUCAGGAUCUUGAUGAUAGUGUGCAGAUAGUGGAAGUUGAAGAAAGUAUUGUACUUAGCGAUAUAAGCGACGAUCCAGACUGGGUGCCGACCAGACCCAUAUCUAAGCAGAAAAACCGAGCGAACUCCAGCCGCAAUGAGUCAAUUGGCCAGGAUGCCAAUGGCACGUCGGCCGACAAUGCAUCCAUGCAUUCUCUAAAUUCCACAACAGCCACGGAAGAUGGUAAGCGUGGUAAGGGCUGCAAGUGUCGCACCAAGUGCAACACAAAACGCUGCGGCUGCUUUGUGAACAGCACUGGUUGCUGCGAGAGUUGCAUCUGCAAGAGGAAUUGCUUCAACCCAAUAAAUGCGAAGGCACAGCUGCCGGAAGGUGGCGACGGUGAUGGUCACCCAGCCAUGGAAGUUAAGGAGGGUGCGGAAGACGUUGACAUAGGCAGGAGUGCUGAGGAUGAGCACCAACCUACUAAGGAAAAUGCACAGAUCUUCGCUACGCCGGAAACGCCGCAUAAAAUUGGGUCGCCGAAGCGUUUGCUGGAUACGAAGACAACGGCAACGCCGCUCAGCAAUUUAAACGGAGUGGAUGAUUUCAACGGACCCAAACUGGCAAGAAUGUCCGGAUUAACAUUCGCCACACCGAAGCGAAAAUUCUUUUAAAGUUGGAGCGAACAAGAAUGUGGAUGUCAAUCAACAGAGGAGGAGCAACAGCACACUUCGUAGUAGCUAGAUUAGCAUCAGUUUAAUGUUUAUGUUAUUUUUAGGAAAUGCUCAUUGAAUCCACUCUAACCAAGUCUGUAAAAUAAUGUAAUGUACCGCCAAUAUACGAUCGGAUAAUGUGUACCAACCCAUACCCAUAUGCACUGUGUUUGGGCCAGGCUGCACAAAGUCGUGGCUUACUUCUUACCUAUAUGUUUAAUUCAAAGAUGUUGGCCCUUUUCCAUAAAUAUGUAGAUAACAAAGUCUGUUCAUUUGUAUACUUUAAAUAUGCGUAAGAUGUCUAAAUAUAAACCCCUAAAUUAAAUUACA